UUGCUUGCAGUUGCAGGUCGUCGGUUUACGCUUGGGUUGGCAGCAUGCACUUAAAAAGCACCACCACACCACACCACACGCCAAGAAAUUAAAAAGCAACCGGCCAACGAGUCACAGCAUAGAGAUGACGCUCCCGCGCCGCCGCCACCUUGUCCUGCUCGCCGGCCUCCUGGUCCUCGUCGUCGUCGCGGCCACCGCCACCGCGUCGACGGAUUCCUCUUCCACCACGGCGGUGGCGGUGGACUUCGUGCGGCGGUCGUGCCGGUCGACGGAGUACCCACGGGUGUGCGAGACCACGCUGGUCCCCUGCGCGGCGAGCGUGGGUCGGAGCCCGCGGCGGCUGGCGCGGGCGGCGCUGGUGGUGGGCGCCGACCGCGCGCGCAACUGCUCCGCCUACAUCCACGGCAGCCGCAGCGGCAGCGGCGGGGCGAUGAAGGACUGCGCGGAGCUGGCGCGCGACGCGGAGGACCGGCUGCGGCAGUCCGCGGCGGAGAUGGAGCGGAUGGGCCGCGCCGGCACCCCGCGCUUCGCUUGGUCCCUCAGCAACGUCCAGACCUGGGCUAGCGCCGCGCUCACCGACACCUCCACCUGCCUCGACUCCCUCGCGCAGCACAAGGACCGCGGCCGCGGUGGCAAGGGCAGCGACGGCGACGACGAUGCCGUCAGGGUGAAGAGGAGGGUGGUCGCCGUCGCGCAGGCCACCAGCAACGCGCUCGCGCUCGUCAACAGGCUCCAGCCGGCGACGCACCGGCAGAGGCUCCUCCUGUGACUCUCUCUCUCUCUCGUAGCUGCAGCUUGCUAUGGAAGUCGGUGCUGCUGAUUCCUCAUCGAUCCUCCUCGCUCCAUGUCCGAUUCCUCACUUCCCCUGCAUCUCCUUCGCCAAUCCCAUGUAUGUAUGUAUGAAUGAAUGUAUGGACUAUGGAUAUGGUUCGAUCAGCUUGCUCGAUUUCGUAGUUCUCUUUGUCUGUCAGUAGUAAUUGUGCAGCUGGGAUCAUUCGAUACCUACUAAUGAUUGUUCAGGGUUAUA